ACGAGUGCACGGCGGCUGAUGGGGGAGGUGGACAAGAGAAGGCUGUAUGUCCGGAGGAUACCAAAAGUGCUCACAGAGGAGUACCUCAGGAAAUACUUCUCACAGUUUGGCGAGCUAAAGAGUAUAUACGUACAGAAUAGAGUACCGACUUGGUCGAAUAGCAAGUACGCCUUUGUUUGCUAUGGCUAUGCAGAAGAUGCAGCCGAAGCGAAGGAGAAGGCGACUAGGAUAGGAACUAGCAAUCUGAAUGUGGAAUAUGGCAGAGAGGAUAGCGGGAGGAAUGAUAUAGCGCCCUCCAAUAGCCUUAUAAUACGGAAUAUCAAUUCGCAUCACACGACAAAAGCGGUCAGGGCUAGCCUGGAGAAGUAUGGCAAGGUGGUUUAUAUGACGGCCCUACGUAGGCCAGUAUACGGGAAUAUGCGCUAUUGUCAGGUUUGCUAUCAGCGGCUGAGGGACGCAAAGAAAGCACACACAGCUAUACGGAGCGGGAAGUUCUACAAGGGGGCGAUAGUCGACUACGACAGUGAGGAGUAUAUCGCCAGCAAAAUAGAAGCUCGCGGGCUGUCCUCAAGAAACUACCGAGCGGCGAAGGAGAGGGAAAGUAAUAGAUUCUCUAACAAAUAGUUUAUUCGUCCUGUGAUUUCUGCUGAGAGAGCACCUUCAUUCUACGCAUCAUAUCGUCGUACUGGCAUUUUUCGUAGCCGUGUCUUUCGUCGGUACAAGCCCAAGGAGCGUACAAAUUCUUGUGUCUGCAGACGUUGAGCGGUAUGAGGAGACCGCUACACUGGUCUCUCCAGUUCAGAGGCACUCUGUUCUUCAUACACUCCUCCUUUGAUGCUACUGUGUCUGCCAUUUUUUAAUUCACGCCUGAGAUAGUAUCUCC